AUGGAAAAAGCUGUUUAUACUCAACUUUAUGAUUAUUUAACAGAACAUAACAUUCUCAAUGAUAAUCAGUUUGGUUUUCGCCGAAAGUGUUCCACAACAACAGCACUCUCGAGUUUUGCUGACGAGAUUCUGGCCAGUAUGGAAAAGGGAGAAGUGUGCGGUGCCGUGUUUUUGGACCUGUCCAAGGCCUUCGACACGGUCGAUCACGCUGUUAUGCUGAAGAAAUUAUCUGCCAUUGGUGUUUCUACUGAAGAUAUAGCAUGGUUUGCUUCCUAUCUAAGUUUUCGAUCGCUUCGAACUACUUGCGGUCCUGAGCUGUCUGAACCAUUACGCUGUAACUUUGGUGUCCCACAGGGCAGUAUUCUUGGCCCUUUACUCUUUUUGAUUUAUAUCAACGAGAUACCAAGUUUCAUUAAACAUGCACAAUUAUCUCUUUACGCAGACGAUACUGUCCUGUAUUACUUUUCUAACACCUCGCAGGAUCUGGAGGAGAAACUAAAUGCCGACCUGCGUAAUGUUUGUGUUUGGCUUAAUGAGAAUAAACUAACUUUGAAUACAAAAAAGACCAAAUUCAUGAUCAUUGGGAGUAGCCGUAAACUUUCUAAUAUUGAUUCCGUCACAGUCAAGGUAGCUGGCAGUAAUAUAGAAAGAGUCGAAGAAUUCUCGUAUCUUGGAAUAAAUUUUUCAACUAAUAUGACCUGGACUGAACAUGUUAACCAACUCUGUUCAAAGAUCAGCAAACGCCUGGGGCUCCUGAAGAGAAUUAAGCAUCUGCUACCGCGAUACGCAAGACUACUUUUUUACAAGAGUCUUAUUUUACCUCUGUUUGACUACGGCGACCUGGUAUGGGGUGAUAAGAACAAUGACGUACUGAUGGGCAAUUUACAAAUUCUCCAAAACAAAGCAGCAAAAAUCAUCCUUGACUAUCACCCACUUUCUUCGUCUAGUGCUGCGCUGGAUGAGUUGGGAUGGAACAGGCUUCACCAACGUCGAUUUUAUCAUAGAUGUUUAUUCAUUUUUAAAUGUUUGAAUGGGCUAUCUAUGUCUAAGCUAAUCUUGAAAUCGCUAAGCGAACUUCAUUCCUAUAACACUAGAAAUAAGAACAAUUUAUGCUUGCCUAAAGUUAAACGAAAUUGGGGCAAGCAAAGGCUCGAGUACCAUGCAGUAAACGAUUGGAACACUCUUGACGAAGAGACUAGACAUUCAGACUCAAUUGCUAAGUUCAAAAUGAACUAUUUUAAAACUCACUAGUGCUGAAUUAUAACACUCAUAGCAUGCUGACGUAUAUAUACUCUUUGAAUUCUAUUUAGUUACUAUUUUUAUUGUUGUAGAUAGCUCACAGCUCUUAGUCUUACUUGUAAUUUAAACACUAGGCAUACUUUUAUUGAUUUUUAACGUUAACCUUAUUGUAAUGUGAUGGAUUUGGUUUUUAUGACUCAUAUUUAUAUAUGUAUAUUUUUAAAUAUAGGACCUCUCUGAAAAUCACUUUACGUGAGAGAGUUUCCUAUUUAAAUAUUGUCAUAAAUAAAUAAUUCAUUAAUAAUCAACCUAAUAAUUGUAUCAUAUUUCUUCAUAUAAAUACUGCUUUUGAUAUAUAACCUAGCUAGUCCCCGAGCCGACGGCGCGAAGCGCCGUGCGAGGGUACUAAUUCCCCCGGCUAUUUACACCCGGGGAAACGAAAGCAUUAGCGAAGUCUAAAGUUCAUCAAUGAGCGCGGGCGCGGCUCACCAACGAUGUUCCGGUGGGUGGUCAUCCUCACUGAUCUCAAAAAUAUGGCGGACUGUCAUGAAUAGCGGACACUGAUUGGUCCAAUUUAAAGUUUGCAUUAUAACGACUGCAUGACGACACAGAAUAAAGAAGAUACAGCAGAAGCGUAACUCUAGUCGUUUCCCUUAUUGUUUUACGUCGACGAAAAUUUUAACUCGCUCACGCCAAUCCACGCCAUCCUGGCUAGUACAGCAGGAAGUUUUUGUCAGGUUUUGGUAGGUACAAAGUGCCGGUUGUACUAGUCAGGAUGGCGUGAUUGAUGACGAAUCGCUUGUAAAAACGCGGACAAGUACUUGCUUGAGUUAAGCCCGUUCUCCACUAGGCGAAUUUAUUCGCGCGAACAGAUAAAAAGUAGGAAGCGAUCCUACUUUUUCGCCGCGAAUUUUUUCGCCGACCAAUCACGUUGCCGGAUUUCGGUUUUCGCUUCGCGUCGCACGAACAAAUUCGCGUAGUGGAGAACGGGCUUUACGCUUCUGCUCUACCUUCUUUAUUCUGUGAUGUCGACAGCGAAAUAGCAAACAUUUCUUGAUUUGAUGAUUGAUAAAUUUCUUGCAAAUAUGUUUCAUUUUUGCUCGCAUUUUUGCAAGAUUUUGUAAAUUUCAAAAGCUUCUUUCAGCUUUCAAAAGGAGCCGACGUUAACGAAGGUAAGUUUGUUUUAAGUAUUGAUUUUAUAAUUGCUUUAAAACCCGACGGCCUUUGGCUUUGCGUAUAUGAAACAACUAAAUAAGACAGCAUAUAACUUCAGUGUAUGUUUAAUUUUUGAUUCCCUUUUUUAUAUAAUUAUAUUGAAUUUUAUAAAUAAAAAAACAAAGUUAUUUGCCUGCUAGAAUUUGAAAUCAUUUUAUUGCAAACUCAAAGUUUACACUUUAAAACGUGGUUGAAUUUUACCUUAAAUUGAAGCUUAUAUUACGUAUAAUAACAUACCUAACAUAUAAAUGUAGGGAAAUUGAUAAUUUUGUAAUUAAAAGUGAUAUUUUUAGGCAAUUUUUCAUUUGUAAGAAUAUUCUUAAAAAAUUAUCGUGUUACCAUGACAACUACUUUAGAUACUUCAUGUUUGGAAAAUGCAAUGGUUUUGUCAGCAAGGCGAGGUUUUCUGCAUGCAUGUAUUUUCUAGUUUAUCCUGAUGAUGACUGAAAUAUAGUCGAAACGUAGAUAAACAAAAAUUUUAUCGAUUUUUGGAGUUUCGCUUGUUUUGUAUUUUGUUUAUGCAUGUUAUUGCAGUGAAAGACAAAUUCGUAGGGAGAUUGGUAGCCAAGUAUUGUUCCGACUUCCAAACAAAUUUUGAUCAAUCGUAACUGUAGUAAAAUCCUAUAAUUAUUCAUCUAGUCUUCUUGUAAAUUUAAUACGUUUUGUAUUGUAUGUACAUGCCAGUGCUGGUACAUCUAAUAUACAAUAUCCUGCUUGCAUAUGCAUAAAAUAUCUUCAUUCGCAUAAAUAAAACAAUAAGGGCCUUAAUUGUCACCCAAUAACCCAAGCGGAAGGAAUAUCAUGACAUCGUCGAAUGAUUAUUAUAUUGCAUUAUAAUUACCGGGACACGUUCGUGCCAUAUAAGGAAGUUAGGGACACGUUUGCACCAUAUAUGGAAGUGUCGUUUACUCUCGCUUCAAACGAUUGCAUUUUUUCGUGAUGAUCCUGCCAUCAUAAUUUCAGUGGAAACCAUGAGCAUAAAUAAUAAUUCGGCGCGAGAAUUCGAAAGCUUGGAUUCUAUAGAUACGGGAACCACUCAGUAUUUUAAGAAAAUACAAAAAAUAACUGUAACUCCGAAUGACAUUUUGAUUUUUAAUCGACGUUUCGACUAGUUUGUAGUCAUCCUCAGGAUUAAUAAUAAUGUAAAAUUACAGAUGCAGCUAUUAUAAAGCCAAGAAAGGCGGAGCUUAAUGUUAAUGAAAUAUGAGAAGUUCUUUGGAAGCUUUCGCACCGUGGUUGAGAUCAGGUUUUCGUCUGCGUAUAGCAAGAGACUCCUUAAAUAACAACAGAGACCAGUGGUCUGUCCUAUCAAUUACUUACUGUUUCUAAAUAUUAGUUCAGAUAAAUUAGUGUUUGUAGGGUUAUAGUUGAGUCAGGUGAAAUUCCAUAAGGGAUUUUAUGUGCUGAAAUUGUUCGCGACAGUUGAUGUGGGCAUUGUUUCCGAGUUUUCUCGCAUGCUAUGCUCUCUGAGACGGGUGUAUAGACAGCGGUCUGUUUUACCAACUAGGUGCUUCGACAACCCGGACAUGAAAAUUCAUAUACAACGGAGCUUUUGUAUUCAUCCGGCGUCUUGUCUUUGCAGGACGGAAACAAUUGGAGUUCGUGGUUUUCCAGUUUAAAAUAAAUUUACAAGGACUCUUUAGUAAACGGCGAGUUGUUUAUGAACUUUUUGGUCAAAUCUUGCCAUAUUGGCCAAUGAAUGGGAGUCUUAUCCAUAUUUUGGGUAGAUUAUCAGAUGCUGCGCGUUCUGUAACGGUCAACAUGUGGGAUGUUAUCGCUUCUUUCCGGGUUUGGUGUAAAGGCAUUAAUUAAUUUAUUCGUCAAGUUGCGAGAGAAACCGUUCCAGGACAUGAAAUCUUGUAUAGUCUUCAGUUCUAACUUCAAUAGUAGAUCAUUGUUACAUAUCUUGUAUGCGCGACCAAGGCGUGAAACUAGAAAGGUACGUGCAUGAACCGGUGUGUAGACUUGCGAAAAAUAGUUAUGUCCGAGGAGUUAAUCUUUACGUCAAGAAAACGUACAUUGUUCUCAGGGAAAAGUGCGAAUGUCAACUGGAUUUGAGGGUGAAAUGAGUUGAAGGCUCGUAUAACGAUUGGAAUAUCAGACGGUUUUUCGAGGAGUAGCGUAUCAUCAACAUAGCGGGCGUAAAAUUUCAUAACGUUCGAGUCAAUUAAUUAGCGUACAAUUACAUCCUCGAAAGUUAUCAUGAUGAUGUUGACAAGGGUAGGACUAGUGGAGAACCCAUUGCUACGCCACCGAUCUGUUUGAAAGUUCGCCGUUCAUGGAAAAAGGGGUCAAGGUUCUUGGCUCUUCUCCAAUUGUUUCCUGUGCGGCAAAGACAAGACACCGGAUGAGUACAAAAGCUUCGUUGUAUAUUAAGCACCUACAUUGGUAAAACAGACCGCUGUCUAUACACCCGUCCCAAAGAGCAUAUAGCACGCGAGAAAACUCGGAAAUCAAUGCCCACGUCAACUGUUGCGAACAUUUUCAGCACAUCAAAUCCCUUAUGGAACUUUCACCUGACUCAACUAACACUAUAAACAGCAAUGUAACUGAACUAAUAUUUAGAAACUGUAAAAUAAUUGAUAGAUCAGACCACUGGUCUGUGGCUUUAUAAUAGUUGAAUCUGUAAUUUUACAAUAUUAUUAAUCCUGAGGAUGACAACAAACUAGUCUAAACGUCGAUUAAAAAUUAAAAUGUCAUUCGGAGUUACUGUUAUUUUGGAUUCUAUUGUAAAUAAAUACCUGUAUGGCAGAUUCAAAAAUAUAUUAACAUUGCCAUGAACAUGAAUAUUUUAUGUUUAUAUAAAAGUAGGAUAUAGAAGCUUCAGGUUCGAUACUGUAUAUGCUCUUUUUACAUUUCGCAUAUGCUCUUUUUGAAGAGCAUUUUCGAUAUAACAAUGCAGUUGGGGGGGUGCGAGAAGUUUUCCCCAACGAAACGACUUAAUUUUUCUGGUCUUACGAAGAGGUAUAAUUUUUCUGAAGCCUGAAAUGAAAAUUGUUAAUUUCCAGACGCAAGUAAGCUGUGCGAAAUGUAUUUUUCACAGAUUAAGCCAAAUUUUUGCUUUCAUUUAGGGUCCCCACAGCAGGACUAUAUUUGAUAGCGGAUAGGGCCUAACAAACUUUAAAAAUAGAAUCAAAAUACAAAAAUUGAUUUUUGGUACUAUUUCAAGGGUCAUCCAUAAAGGGUGCGCACUCUUUGGGAUCCUUGAUUAAUGCAAUUUUAGCGCAAUUUUGCCGAGGUACGCAUCUAGGAAACACAAAACAACUCAAAACUAGUUGUCUGGCUACGAAAAUAAAUCCUGCAUGCAGCUAAACCCCAACUUGUGUACAAAUCAUGAAUCAGAUACUACCCCAGCCCGCCUUCAAUUUGGCUCAAUUCAAUAACUAUAUAUGGUUGCUCCCUGGACCAUUUUGAAGUUAACAGCAACCAGUUCAAGUUAUUUAUUAACUUUAAAAUCAUACAAAAUUAUAACAUUGAUUGAAGGUGUGGUCAACAGGACAUGAGUCCCAUGUGAAGACCAACCUGAUACAAAACAAUAAGUUGUCAUACAUUAAAGACAAAGACUAGAACACUAUUUGCAUUGACUAUAAAAAAAUAAUAGUUUAGAUUAUAAGCAACAGCUUAAGUUGAAAGAACGGCAUGUAAUAGUAACUAACUCCAUGUCCAGACAACAUUAACAAUUACUUUGUGGGGAUUGUUUUAGCAACGAACCCCAAGCAUGCAAAUUCAAUGUUCCGAGUAACAAAUGCAUUCUCAACCAGUUCUUCAACCACCAGCACCGCAAACAGUUUAAUUUGUCGUGUGAACUUUACCCCAUACAAGAAAAUAACGUAAACCCAAUAGAAUAGACCUUGCUCCUACCAAAACGCGUCAAACGGAACCAAACGCGUUAGGAAGUAAAAAACCUAAGGACAAUCCCCCCAUGACAUAUCUGUUGAAACAACCCUUGUAAAACAAAACUGUGGCAUCUUAGAUGUUAUAUAUGCGACUUAGAGCGACCGUAGGCGAUUGUUUGUCCGGGAAUGGGCCUUGAUAAGGCCGGGGCGUAUUAAAAUUAUUGUUAUUUCUAUUUAGAUCUGCUGUAAUAUUAGAAUUCUGAUUUUAAAAAUCAAGAUCUGAAACACACUGGAGGGAACUGCGCCAGAAUGGGACUUGAAUUAUUGCUUCUGAAAACACUCCUUUUAUCUCUACCGGUCCUUUCCUAUGCUGAUGGAAACUCGACUCGAAAACUACUAAUGCCGAAGGAGGAAUGUGAGAAAAUCUCAAGCGUGGAGGUCCGCUAUAAUGAGUUCUACGAGCUCUAUCUUGGCCAUGGUAAUGGAAAAGAUGACAUUCAUGAACAUGGAAUUAUAUACCAGAGCUUGAUUAGAGCGGUAAAUGCUUGCUGUCCUGGAAUGGCCCUUAAUUUUACCCUUGUGAAUAGAUCUGUUGAAUCCUUAGUUCAAGAAGACAUAUUGCAUCAUCAUGACGUACAAAACAGUUCUCAUUUGAUUUUCUAUUUUCCGGAGUUCACAUCACAGGGGAAUUUAGGUACGAGAAAAAUAUGAUCCGUCGAAAACAACACUAUUAGCGUUGAUACAUUUUAACUGAUUUCUGCUACUCUACCUCCCCAUGUGGAUACGAAGGUUGCAUUACUCAUAAACUCCUCGUACACAUCCUCAAGAAAUCUCCAAACAUUCUGAAAUUAUACCAAAAUUUUUAAGAUCCCUAAAAUCCGAAAAAUUUUCCACAAAAUCACGAAAAAUCUCAACAUAUAUCUUCCAAAUCCAUCCAAAAAGGCGCUUUAAAUUCCGCUGAAAAUGUCGGAAAAAGUUUAAAAUCCGAGGAAUAUUGCAGGGAUUUUGAAUCCCAAAAUUUGAAAUAUGCAACGCUUUUGUCUGAACAUAAUGCAUCGCUCGGAGGUCAUAAAACAUCGCUCGCUCAGUUAAUGAGGACGCGAGAAGUUGGGAGAGCACAAAAAAUCGUAAGUAGUGGUAGAGAUUCUUUCUUAAAGCAAGGACGAAAUCGUUUUCAUUGAUCGUUGUCUUUGUCUCUUGUAAAUAUUAAGGGAAGAAUCCCUCAUGAGAAUAGACAUUAUACGCAGGGCCGCCGAGAGGUUGGCGGGGACCCGGGGCAAAUGUUUUUGGGAAAAAUUUUUCCGGAGAACAACCUGCCCCCCCCCCACCCACGCCCCGUCGCCAAAAAAAUUUUGGUCAGUGUACCAUUUUAGGGGUAAAAACAAUUUUUCCCGUGUAAAAAAUUUUUUCGGACGAGUAGGUUGCAAUUGCUUUCCAGGGACUUUAUCUCACUUUUUUAUGCCAAAUUUCGGUACUUACCCACAAGAAAACAGAUAUCUUGUCCUUUGCGCGGAAAUAUUUAACACACAAAAAAGACUGGGGCCCAACAAAAUUUUUCCAGGGGCCCCCAGCACCUCGGGGCACGGGGCAAUUCCCCCCCCCCUGCCCCCCCCUCUCUGCGGCCCUGAUUAUACGUAAUAUAGCUCUACAACCUUCCAGCACCUUAAUUGUCUCAAGUCAGUUUUUGCGCGAUUUUGACAAGUACAUUUUUACUGAAUUCCAUUGUUAGUUGACUAACUCCAAUUGUUUCAAUAGUUUGAGUAAAAUUUUUCGAUAAAUUUAGUAUACUUACUUAUAUUUUGCUAAUCUUUUGUACAAGCUUUCUUUUCAUGUAUUAUUUGCAUAUUAAUUUAAUUUAAUUAAAUGUCCAUGUCUAAGGAAAAUAAAGCUGGUCGACGUAUUUCAGACAUCAAAAUUUACUAAUCUACAAAAUAGCUAUACAUAUACACACGAAACACCAUAACAACAAUAUAUAACAAAUAACAACUUACAUCAUUUCGUCGCUAUGUACUGUUUGAAACACGGGCAGGAGUGUUUUAUCAGAUCUAAAAGACGAAAGCGCAGCUCGAGUGUUUUAUAUCUGAUAAAGCACGGACUGCGAGGGUUUUAAAUAGCUUAAAAAACGACCCAUCUAAAGAGUUCAAUGGCGACCGAAGUAAUUUUAAAAAUAAACGUCGUCUAAGCGAAGAAAAUCAAAGCUAAAGUUUAUGCAAAUGAACAUGAUUUCUUAUAAUAUAUAAAAACACGGACGCGAUAGUGAAUUCCUUUGUCUUUUCCUCAUGAAUUAUUAAUGAGUUUUUAAUGAUAUUUGACGGCUUUUCAACAAUGUUUCAACACAACUUCGAAAAUAUUCUUACCAAGACCGCACGAAGAAACGUUUAAAACGAGCUUGUGAAGCUAUCUUGGGAAACGUUUUACCAGUUAAGUUAAUUGUGAAUUUUAUAUUUUUCUAUAACUAUUAGUACGGACAGAGAUUUUGCUUCAGGAAAGAUAGCCUCAUGCGACAUUGUAUUUUUAAUAUCUUUAUUUAGAGGUCUACUCACAUAAGAUUCCGUUUCUGAAGUUGCGAAAAUCGCCUGGGUUUGCUUUGGUAAUGUUGAAGAGCGAGUCACAUCUAGACAUCUCUGCGUUAGAUAUUAUUAAGCCAUCAUGGCCAAUUUUCGCGCUGGUACUGUCGCUUUCUUGGGCUGUUGGGAUACUUGGUUGGGCAUUUGUGAGUACCAGAAUCUGUGUAUAGACAGUGUUUCAAAAAUUAUAUGUAACUGUGGCAUCUUUCGUAAUGUUCUUUCAAAUGAGAUAAUCUAAAUUUCUAAUACCUUAACCAUUUAAAAUAAUUUCUUCUAUUCAGGACCAUCGUUCCAAUCCUGAAGAAUUUCCAACCCCAUUUGUCCGAGGAAUGUUUGAAGGAUUUUGGUGGGCUGUAGUUACUAUGACGACUGUCGGGUAAGCUUAUGCAGAUGUAUUGCGUUUCCCGCUCACUAAAUGCUCGAUCUAUUCCAUAAUUCAAGUAUUAAAACAGUAGAAAGCACAAUUUAUUUCGUAAAACAAUGUUUACAUUUACAACAACGUGGUUGAUUAAUCGCCAUCUUGAAAAUCUGUUUCUCUGUCCUUUUUCGUUACUAUGGUAACUGUCACAACUGCAUGAUGCAAUAGUUCCUAUUUAACUAAUGUUACAAUACUGCUCAGAAGUAACCUAAAUGCUGAGAACGCGUUCGGAACGCGUUCCGAAACGCGUUCGGAACACCUUCGAGAUCGCGUUCGGAACACCUUCGAGAACGCGUUCGGAACACCUCCGAGAACGCGUUCGGAACACCUUCCUGAACGCGUUCGGAACACCUUCGAGAACGCGUUCGGAACGCGUUCUGAAACUCAUGUUAUUUCUCUUUGAAACUUCGAGUCUCUUCGGAAAAUUCCGAAUACUAUAAAUGACAACACAGUUAACCCAAAUUCGUCUAGCUCGCAUUAUCCGACCAAUUCAAACGCCCAAGAAAAAGAAAUAUAUUUGGUCUUGAAAUAUAUUUGGUCUAUAAUACAUGCGUUGGCAUAUAAAACGCUCCUGUCAUUUUCGAUAUUAAAUUACACUUGAACUAUAUUUAUAAAGGGUGUCGCAAAUCUCUCCAGUAUUAAUAUAGUUUAAUAACAAAUAUGAUAAGACCAAACUUACCUUACAAAUGUUGACUCGAAGGAUAACCCAGCGAUAUCAUCCUUAUUAAUUAAACAAAUGCUGAUCCAGUGUGAAAAAUACGGUUUAUUGUUUUGGUCAUAUUAUCGCGCCAGGAAUUCUAGUAUAUUCGUAUUAUAACUAAAUCUCGCGUCAAUUUCACCCAAUAACAACAAUAAUAUAGUUAUAGUCAAAACUACUAAAUAUAUUAUCAUGAAUGAUGGUAUAAUCAAUUAUUACCACAAACCAAUCAAAAAACAGAUUUAAUUUUUUGUCUGAGAGACCAAUCAAGUGAAAAGCUAGACAUUUGCAUUUUUCAAUGCGGUCAGAUUCAUCCACCCGUAUUCAAGGAAGGGAAACCAGAGCCUGAUACUCAGGCUAAUGCACAACUUACUUAAGAGAUUACAGAGUCUAAGUAUCUGCGAAAUAUGAUAAAAAUUUCAACGUUAUGAGCCUUUCCCAGAAAAGUCCAACAGGAAUUUCCUGUUAUGUCUUUCAAGCAAAUUUGAUCCCGUAACAUCAUUUACCGUAAUUCCUCUAUUUAGCUCCACUGAUACUUACUUUCUGCAGCAAUUCUGAACUGAGAGCUUAUUAGGAUAGUGCGAAUAAAUAGAGGCUAGAAUUAAAAAUAAAUCAUUACCCUUUUUAUCCGUAAAAAAAUACUUAGAAGACAUUGUGGUAGUCCCAGGCUUAUGAUAUACAAUUUGCAUAUACAGAAUUCCAAAAUAAAACAGAAAAGCUCAAACAAAAUAAUUUAAUGUAACCACCUUGGAAAUUUUGACAACAAAACAAACACGCGCUUGAAUUAUUGCUUUUGAUUAAACCUUAGGAUUCGUAUUUCGAAGUAUACAGUGAGAUUGAUUUAAUUAAUAGUAGAUGGCGGCUAAGUAAAGGGCGGGACUUAUUACAUUUUCCAUCUAUAACACUCAUUGUGUUUCAGAUACGGCGACAAAGCACCCAAGUCCAUUAUCGCACGCAUUCUCUGUAUUAUCUGGAUGUUGGCUGGUGCUAUUUUACUCUCACUGUUCACUGCUAACACAACAUCUAUUAUCACCGCAAGCAGAAUUGCGAAGAAUUCGCAGACUAUGGGGAAAAAGGUAAAAUUGAAGUUGUGACGAGAUACAUUAGUACAUGAUCUAAAUACUUAGAAAACAGUCUGGUAGUUAGACUACUCACACCCCUUGUCUAACAGUCUGGUAGUUAGACUACUCACGCCCCUUGUCUAACAGUCUGGUAGUUAGACUACUCUCACUCCUUGUCUAACAGUCUGGUAGUGAGACUACUCACGCCCCUUGCCUAACAGUCUGGUAGUUAGACUACUCUCACCCCUUGUCUAACAGUCUGAUAGUUAGACUACUCACGCCCCUUGUCUAACAGUCUGGUAGUUAGACUACUCUCACCCCUUGUCUAACAGUCUGAUAGUGGUUAGACUACUCACGCCCCUUGCCUAACAGUCUGGUAGUUAGACUACACACGCCCCUUGUCUAACAGUCUGGUAGUUAGACUACUCACGCCCCUUUUGACACUGCGGUACACCAGGAAUUUGUAGUAAACUUCGUCUCUGUUAUUGACAAGCUUUCGUUGGUAGGGAUGUAAUUACUAAGAUCCUGGGGACGAGGUGUUUCAACUACCUGAAAAAUAUAAGGAGAAUUUCGACGUUUCCAGUCAAGCCCCUUCGUUUGGAGACUGGAGAUACUAGAGGUGGUCGGGAAAUAUAAAACCCUUCUACCUUUUAAAUGGGCCAUUUAAUUAAUUAAACUACGAAAAUAAAACAAAUGCCAAUGGUGGCGGGUAAUUUUUAGUAUCUAGCUGUCUGAUUAUAAUUUCACCUCAUGAAGUCACACGUGAAUAGAGUGCUUGAUCGAUGCUUUAAUCUUAUUCAAUACAAUGCAUCCAUAUAUUUUUCAGUGUUACUUGACCUCUGUUCCAUGUUGUGUUCGAAUGGCUUUCUUUCAUAUUAUUAGUGUAUUUGUUCUCUUAUUAUGUUCUAAUUUCGUUUUUUCUAUUCAAUCCUGUUCCGUUAGAUUGGAGUUGUUAAUAUGAAACAAUUUGUGCAGGCAGAAUUGAAUCUUGGAGCUCACAUUAUCGGUAAAUCUACGAGCAGUUCAUGCAGCAACAAGAGCGCUUAAUUAAGCAAACAAGCAGAAUUCAAUCGAGCUGUUUUUGCUUGAUGAGGAGUAAUGGUGCCAGCAAUUCUUGCUUGAAAUGAACGAACGGCAGUCAAUGACGUUUCACGUUUGUGAUUUGAAACAAGAACAGCUGUCCCCGUCGCUCGCUAACUAAAAUAACUUGUUUGACUUCUGCUUGACGUUCGUGUUGACAAAACCUCGCUUGCUUAAGUUCUCUAUUAUCAAUUUAGCGAUCGGGAAUUAAUUCCUGCAACACAUUGUUUUUUCCGUCGCAAAAUUGCGUAUGUUUUAACUUUAGGAAACUCUGCAGCUUUUCUCUGCGUACUCCCCCAGGAGUAGCACUGGAUAUUCUGAGAGAACAAUUCAGAAUCGAUAGAGCUAUCCAGUAUAUAUAGUUCAACCAUUAAUCGCCGAAGUUAAGGCUUACAAGCCUACCGAUGACAGCGAUUAUGAUUACAAGGCUGCCGAUGACAGCGAGAAUGAUUACAAGCCUACCGAUGACAGCAGAAAUACGCCUUACCCGUACCCAUAAGUAUGAGUAACAAACUACACAUGAACGCACUGUAAUGAACAACUUCGCAAAAUACGUAUACAUCCGCGUAUAUAAGAGGUGUUUGCGUAUAACAUGGGUUAUAAUGAUAUUAUUUCAUUGACGGAGAUUAUAAAAGACUAGAGUGGCAAUACAAGAAAAAUCGAGGGAGAAAUUCGGGAAUUGUAAUGGAGAAUUUUACUUCAAAGUUCCGGAUGUUGGCUCCCACGCCAAUUGGCUAUAUUGAGAUAUUCGUAGCAACACUUUCGUGACUACCUUAGCAACAAAAAUCAAUACGAACAAGUCUUUGCCGUUCGCCUAAAGCCAUUCGUAAGGGUGUUAAAUUUUUCGUCUUCAUCCGUUCGUAUUUUUUAUUCAAAACGUCUAAAACGUUUUGAAGAUCUGUUAAAACGAAUUGACAAAACAUUUACCAUCCGUUCGUUAACCGUUUUCCCCGUUUUAAUGCAAAAUCGUUAAUGUAUACGUUUCCCCAUGGAAGGUUACAUUUUACUAAAUUUGCGAGCUUUUCUUUGCAGUUUUUUCAAACUAUUUUGACGACCAGAAAAAAAUAUUUCGCCUGUUGCUAAGGCGAUGUUGCUAACGAUAUUACAAUGUGGCCAAUAGCGAUACGUUUAUCCAUUCGGAUUGCAAAUACCCACUCAAUUGUUUUAUGAUCUAUAUCUACUUUAUUAAUUUUGGGAGCAGAAGUUGUGUCCGUACAAGAGAUGUGCCCGUCAAAAGGGGUACGACUGUAAUGUACUUUCUGCAAUUCGCGAAAAAACCCUUUUUGAAAAUUAUUAGGCCUAUGUGAAUUUUUUGGCUAUAGCAUCAUGAAUUCUCAAAUUCGGGCAAUCAGAAUCAUUAUCAGAAUCAUCAUGUUUAGAAACAGUUUAGAAUUGAUAGUACUUGUCCAGUUUUAAUAAAGCUAGUGGAACCUUCAUCUUUCAGAAUACACCAAAGUUGAGGCUGCGCUAGAAGCUCUAAACGACAAGAGUAUCGACCGACUGUUAUUUCCUCACUACCUGGAUUUACUUUUCUUCAUGUCUGACCCAGAUCUCGGAAUCCCU